AUGCCUUCUUCCGCCACGGAUCGGCUGGAUAUUGAAACCGCGAAACCUCUGGAGCAAUUUCUCAAAUUCAAUCAGCUUCCGCUAGAAUUACGUAUUAGAAUAUGGCAGUUUGCUCUUGAGCCGCGGUUGAUUCAUCUCCAUCAUCGCACUAUCUCUGUCGAUUAUCAGCAAGAUGAAAAUGCCUACAAUGGCUACGCACCGGAAGGCCCAGAAGAGUCCAUUCAUACGCCAGAGGAAAUCUCGAAUUUGCCUGUAUAUAGACCACUGACAAAAGAAGAGGAUGACGAGGAACAUGAUCACGGAACCAUACAAGACACAACAGAGCGGCCCCCAAUACAUAUGGUCAUCACGCCUUGCAACGGUGCCGCACCUCGGUGUGAUUGCAAGUUCUAUCCUGUUCCAUAUUCACGUUCCGCUCCAUCACUUCCUGCGGUAUUAUUUGCAUGCCACGAGAGCAGACAGGCCAAUAUCGCUAGAUAUGAAAGAAUUAUGGAAGACGAGUACGACAAUCGAGGCAUUCCAUUUAUUCCCGCAACAUCGGGUCUGGUCAAAUCAUCAAGUUCCGAGCCGCCCGUAACUGGUAUCACUAUCAAUCCCGCCAUUGACACGAUUGCUCUCUCCGUAAACAUUGCCAGCAAAAAUAAUGUCCAUGAACUGAAGCGUUUCACGCUCAUCGCGGCUCGUCAGGUACCGGAUAUUACCACAGUCGUACUCAAGGGGCAUAUUGCUAUGCCGCCAUAUAAGUUCUGGUCGUCACAGCGCUUCCAGUAUUGGAGACGAUGGGGGGACGAGAGUUGGUGGGUUCCCACUAUCUCCCUUUUGAAGUUCCGAUAUCUGAAGGAAGUCAUCUUCUACUACCACGCUGAGAAGAAAAAUCGGGCAUUCUUACCAGACGAGUGGAAAGCUAGAACACGAGAUCAAUGGAUAUCAGAGCUUCGCAAAGUGGAAGAUAGGUGGCCAGAAUCUUGGAAAGGGGAACCGCCUAUGCUCAAAUUCGUUACUGAUUUGAAAAUGAUAUAA